UUUUAGUGACUCACACUCGACCUGCACUUGUUCUUCCUCAACCUCGACUCCUCAGCCCGAAUUCAUUUCACCGGCCUCCGGCACCUCUCCGGCAUCCGGGGUGUCGCAGCCUCCUCCCACCUCCCGCCAUCAGCAUAAAAGAAAAGAGAGAGAGAGAGAGAGAGAGAGAGAGAGAGAGAGAGAGAGAGAGAGAAGGAAAAUCCCCUCUUCCCCUGACCGGGGUCGCCGCCGCCGAACACAUCUCUAGUCUGCUUCCACUGGAGCACGCCACCUCGAAUUCUUCUCUCGCAGUCGUCGCCCUCCUCCCCUCUACUCCCAUGUACUAAAGCGGGUGCGCAGAUCCAUCCGGACUUGGAUCGAUUCCUUCUUUCCUUGCCAGUAAAGCCCAAGCAUUCUUGGAUGGACCCCGUCCCUGCCUGCGUCGGCGGCAAGAAAACGGAUUAGGAAAAGGUGGGGGAUCAGGGUAUUCGUUUUGGGAAGGAAGGGAAAGGGGAUGGGAGGCCUCUGCUCGAAGGUCUCAGCCGUAGACAAGUCGCCGAGCGACACAACGCUUGGUCGGAACCAGGUUGCCGAUCAUGAGGCAGAGGCGGCGUUGGAGGUGGAGAAGCCGCCGGUAUCCGGCGAGGAUGCUGCGGCGGCAAAGCGGCUGGAAGAGCAGCAACGGUCUUUCUCGUUCCUGGAGAGCGUCGUACCUGGGCUUGCUUUUAAUGGCGGGGCUAACGCCGGCGGCGGCGCGGGGUCCAGGACCUCGCCGCAGCUGACCAGGUCGCUGUCGCAGAGGGCUGGUUUAGGCAAGGCAAGAGCUGGCGCUGCCAAGGUUUCUGAAGUGAGCUCAAUUUUAGGUAGAGCUAGCACUGUUGGGCUUGAGAAAGCAGUGGAGGUUCUAGACACACUUGGCAGUAGCAUGACAAGUUUAAAUUCUAGUAGUGGUUUUGUGUCAAGUAAUGCAGCGAAGGGAAACAAAAUAUCUAUGUUGGCUUUUGAGGUGGCAAAUACUAUAGUUAGAGGCUCCAAUCUGAUGCGUUCUCUGUCGGAGCCUAGCAUAAAGCAUCUCAAAGAAGUAGUGUUUCAUUCAGAAGGUGUUCAACAUCUUAUAUCCAAAGAUAUUGAUGAAUUACUCAAGAUGGCAGCUGCUGACAAAAGGGAAGAAUUAGAAGUAUUCACAAAAGAGGUUGUUCGCUUUGGAAACCGUUGCAAGGAUCCCCAGUGGCACAACUUGGGCCGCUUCUUUGAAAAGUUGGCAUCAGAACGAACACCACAAAAUCACCUGAAAGAAGAUGCAGAAUCAGUAAUGCAGAAAUUGGUCACCUGCGUUCAAUGUACAGCUGAAUUAUAUCAUGAAUUUCAUGCUUUGGAUAGAUUUGAACAGGAUUACCGUCAUAAACAGAAAGAACAGGAUGGCUUGAGUUCAAGAGGAGACAGUCUGGAUAUACUGAAGCAGGAAGUGAAGGGUCAGAGUAAGCAUGUUAAAAGUUUGCAAAAGAGGUCACUUUGGUCCAAAAAUUUGGAAGAGGUGAUGGAAAAGCUCGUAGACAUUGUCCAGUUCUUACAUUUGGAGAUACAUAACACCUUCGGUCGUGCUGACAGUGAAGAGCCACAAGAACCUACUAUCAAACACUACAAUAGAUUGGGACCUGCAGGCCUUGCAUUGCAUUAUGCAAAUAUCAUCAAUCAGAUUGAUAAUCUUGUUUCUCGAUCAUGUGCAAUGCCUCCAAACGCAAGGGAAACCUUAUAUCAUGGUUUGCCACCGACUGUCAAAUCUGCUCUUCGUUCUAAGCUACAAUCUUUUGAACUCAAGGAAGAGCUUACAGCUCCUCAGAUCAAAGCUGAAAUGGAGAAAACUUUGCGAUGGCUUGUCCCUUUUGCUAGUAACACAACUAACAGGGCACACCAUGGCUUCGGUUGGGUUGGGGAGUGGGCAAAUACAGGAUCUGAGUUAAACUGUAAGCUAUCAGGGCAGAUGGACAUGACCCGAAUCGAGACGUUGUAUCAUGCUGAGAAGGAGAAGGCUGAUGCGCUUAUACUUGAGCUUGUUGUGUGGCUUCAUCAUCUUAUCAGUAAAUCAAGAAAUGGCCAUGGAGGUGUAAGGUCUCCCAUCAAAUCUCCCAUGAGCUCACCAACAAAAAGGGGUGCCAAAAUCACACUGUUGGCGGGCAAAACGAACAAUUCGUCACCGAUUCUGACACAAGAGGACCAGGAUAUGCUAAGGAAUGUUAAGUACAGGAAAUUUGUCCCUGGAAUAAGUAAAAGUCAAGAGUUUAACACAAAGUCAAGUCACAGCAAACAGGGUAGGCUGAGCAAGAGCAAUAGCCACUCUCCAGCCAGUGGCACCAGGAAAGACUUGCUCCCAGUUAGGAGGUCUUCCAUGCUUCCAGUUAUUGACUUCGAGAUUGACAGGACCAAAGCUUUGGAUCUAAUCGACAGGCUUGACGACCUAAAAAUACAAUGAACAUUGAAGCUAACUUGAAACAUAAACUUGAAAUUUAUGCAGUCGUUCUUGAAAGCGCCAGCAGGGAUGUAAAAAAUAGUAUGCAUCAGCAGGCCGCCCGUCAGAGACUCUGGUGAGGAACUAGCAAUCUGUCAAAUUGGAGCUGAAAAACUGGUGGUAGCAAAGAUGGUAUCGUAAUAGGAAAAAAUGUUGUAAAAAUUCUGUCAUGUCAAUCUGUACAAGAAAUGGAAAGUGCAAGUUUUGAAAAACAAGGGGGUAAAAGGAUCUA